AUGUCCGACAGCCCAGCGCCAACUACUGCACCAGUCGAGCAGAGUGCUGCAUCCACGCUGGAUGUGCUUGUUUCCAAGCUCAUGGUGCUCAAGCAGGAGCACAUGGACUCGCUCGCCAGUGCUGCGUCUCAAAGCAAUGAAGUCGAGUCGCUCAAGGCUCGCAUCGUCGAGCUCGAUCAGGAACUCGCGAGGAGCAGCAUUGAUUAUCAGAAGCUGAGAGAUGCGUAUGAAGACGUGGCGGAGCGGCUGAGAUUGAGCUGCAACAGCACUUUUGAGCUCGAGGCUGCCAGGCGAGAUACCGAAGCGCUGGUCAUGCAGUUCCGCCGUGAGCGCGAAGAACUCAUGGCGCGCGUCACGGAGCUCGAGGCCAAAGUCGCACAGUGCCAAAGCGCCGAAACUGCUUCAAAGGCGGCUUUUGCCGAAUCCAUCAAGGAGCAGGAGUCAACGCAGUCGCUUGCGUUCCAGCUGUUCAAGCGGAACGCGGAGGGCACCAUCCGCACCCUGCACGAAAAGAACAAGACCAUGUCCACGCAGUUGCUUCAGCUGCAGGAAAGCGGCACGGUUCAAAGCCAGGAGAUGUUCCGCAAGAAAUGGCAACAAGCACUGGCAUUGUUGACGGCCGAGCGUGACGCACAUGCAGCCACUCGAGCAGAGUUGGCUCAUGGCCGCCGCCCCAAGGCCGUGGUCGGAAGCGCUACUUCGUCAGCGGCUGCGACAAGUGCCACGUUGUCGGAUUCGACGCCGCAGGUCAACAAAGUCCCGCACAUUACCCGCAAGAAACCCCGUCUCCAACAGCCAGCGCCGGUGGCUGCCAAUCCCGUCGUGACGGUGAGCUCCAGCGCUCCCGCCAAGGACAAUUGGGCCAUCGAGGGUGAUAUGGACAUCGACUUGUCGUGA